AUGGAUCAGACUGCCCCUCCUCCAUAUAGCGAAACCGAUGUCUUUUCAAAUACCAAUACUACGAUCCCAACACCCACAACGACAGAAGCAGAUGAUGCAUCAAGAGUGAAUGGAAGAGCUCGGUCAGAUUCAUCAUCGACGGAAAAUUCGUUGAUAUAUACUCCUCCUUACUCACCAAACGAGCCUGAUGAUCAACAUUCAGAAAACAGUCCCAGAAAUCUAUCUCCUCACAACUACUUCGAGUCACGACCAUUACCGCUGCAAUUUUCAGCUCCCAGAAUUACUCAGCAUGAAAUAUGUGUUACCCUGAGAAGUGCACCAGAUGAUAUCCCCAUCCCAUCUUCCGCGCCAGACUAUGGCAUCACACAGCAAGAUUGGUCAACGUUUGUGAACUACUUACUACCAAACCACACCCUCAAUGUCAACCACGAUGUUGCAAACCGUAAGCUCAAAGCUGAAUUAAUUGACGAGCGCAUGCACAGACUUACGCUCAAUGAACAUGAUUAUUCUAGACUUGACAUGAAUGAAGUUCAAGCGCAGCUUCGUCCUCUUCGUCACCCCAUCACUGCAUCCAAUACGGAUUGGAUAGGACGGGUGGAUGAAGUGAUCAAAACUUGGAAUUCUGGGUUCUUUCUUCCUCGUGGAUUGGAGAUUCUUCGCAUUGAUGUCGAACAGCCUGAGUUAUUUCGGGAUAGAGACAAUAACAUUCCUGGUUCUUGGAUACCAGAUGAAGAAGAAGAGUCGCGCUUUCCCGAGCGAAACCGGGGUCGGAGAGGCUUUUUGAGUUGUUAUUCUCCGUGUGGUCAAGGGACUCGGAGGUUCAGGCUAGGUUCUAUGGUUGCGGAUGAUGAGGGACUCAGAAUUGGAAGGAACGGUGUUGUGGCCAACUCGAACGGUUUGCGUAUUGGUAACAUGUUUGUUGCUGAUGAUAAGGGAGUGCGAGUUGGUGGUAGUCGAGGGAUUGUAGCUGAUGAAAAUGGAGUUGGUAUUGGCGGUCGUCGGUUCGGAGGUAGAGGGAGAGGCAGUAUGCAUGCGCCGGAGAUUAAUCGAGGACGGGAACAAGAGCCAGAAGGAUGGCAUAGGAGGAACGGAUGGGGAAGAGGGGGCACACACUCGCGAGAGGCUAGCGGGAGAUGGGCAGAAAAUCCAGAAGGACGGUAUGAAAGAAGAGGAAGAGGUGGUCUACAAACGCAGGAUCACCACAGAGGAGGAAGACACGAAUCCGAAGAGUCUCACCGUGGUCGCUCACAAUUGCAUCACGAUUUCCACCAAAGAAAACAAAGAGAUCAUUCCUCUUCAUCCUCCUCAUCUUCAUCCAGCUCCUCCAGCUCCUCCUCCUCAACAUCCCUCGCUUCCCUCCCCUCCCCCGACCAUCUUCCCGAUCACCAACUCCUCGCCGCCAAAGAAUCCCUACUAGCGUGGCUCCACCACCCCGAAUAUCCUACGACGCAACAAACCAUUCAACGAUUAAGACAAGACAUCCAAUCCGCGAAGAAGAACAAGAACAAGAACAAGAAUAAGAAGAAUCCUAAUCCCAACAUCGCUAAUUCCGCAUCCACAGAAGACCUCGCCACCCUCCGCAAAGAAGUCGCAGAUCUCCUCCGAAAAUUCAACGACGAGCAGAAAUCUCAAAAAACCAUUCGCAAGAUCCUGCGCAAAGAACAGCGAGGAUUGAAAGAAGUGCAUAGGAAAGAACGAAAAAGCACACGCAAAGCGGAGCGAAAACGCGCGAAGAAAGAUAAGAAGGAUAAGAAAAAGAAAGAAAAAUGUAACAAAAGAGAUCUUUCACAUGGUCUACCCUCUGCGCCUAUACCCACCUAUCCAGACAUCCCGGAGAUACCCAGCGCGAGAUUUCCACCGCUUCCAAAUCUUCCUGCUCCUUCAUUCCACACCCCGUUUCUCGGGAUGCAGAAUCCUAGCGUGUCAACUAUGCCCGGAGGGACAUGGCCGUUUCGCUCUUCUCCUCUUCCUCACCUGCAGCCUCACAUCCCCACUCAAAUCCCAAGAUCUUCCAUUCCUCUCCAUCCUCCCGUUCCUUCCCCCUACGCACAAAAUUCCUCGCAUAUCUACGCUCAAGCUUCUGCUCUCCUAGCGAGUGCGAUGGCUAAGGAAGUCGAAGCUAGGACUCUAGGGGUCGUUUUAGAGAGUGUGUGUUUGAAUGAGGGAGAGAGAGAUGGCGAUGUAUUGGAAAUAGAGAAGGAGAAACAGGAAGUAGAGAGGCUUCUGGAGGAAUCUGGGGAGUUGAGGAGGGAGGGGAAGAGAUUGAUGGCGGAGGCGACGCAGAUGGAUGGAGGGUUUGCGAGGGAGAUUCAGGAGCGGGAACGCGAGGGAGAUGGGGAGACGUGGGCAGAGUGGCUUGGAAGUAAUAGGGGUCAGAGUACUGGGAUUUUUGGGAGGCAGUUAUGA